AUGGAAAAAAAAAAAAGGUACAAUCUAGUCAAUGGGGUCAUAUUGGAUAAGAAAUGGAAACAAGAACUUAAACACUAUAUGGAAGAAAUACAAUGCAGCAUGGUAGUAAUGAAAGGGUCAGAACCAAAAGGCCGUAGACUCAAUCUGGGACAAUCUGAUAACCAUCAAAUACCCUUCUUUUCCAAAGUUUCCUCACCAGGGUUAAUCAAAUCACAAAACAAGAUACCCAACAACCUAAAUAAUCCUCAUACCCCAAUGCAUUCAUGUGGUGAUGGAAUUAUACCCCUGUCGCUAGUACUAGACUCGUAUUCCAAACAUUGUGAUCAAGGUACUUAUAAUUUUGGUAUAAGAGUAGUUUCUUUAGAUUCAAGCUUUGUGGCAAAAGGUGAAUUAUGGGCUGUUUAUACAAGGAUGUUAAAAGAUGGGUUAAAUACUAAAGAUAAAUUCUAUAAAGAAACACAGGAGAUUCAACUUUCAAAAUUCAAUGAAACUUGUAAUUGGUCUCUAAUGGCAAAAAUGAUGGGGAAGAAAACAAUUGAGGCUGCUCGACUGUUGUUCCAUAAGCCCAGAAUUCUUGAUCGUCUUAUCACUGAAGGCGUAUUGGUUAUACUACUACAAAGCAUAUUUCAUACAAGUCGCACUCUGCCAGGUUGUAUUGGAAUUAACAUCAAGCCAAGAGACAACCAUAAGGUCUUUAUUGAUCAGGAAGGGAUGUACCUGAAAGCCUGGUAA